GCCUGUCACCCGUCAUAUGACGUAUGACGCAUUUUGUUCAAUUCAAUUCAAUUGGAUUUUGUAUUAUUUUGCGCAAGGCCUCUUCCUAUGAGUAAUUUUUAAGUACAAUUGGUCAUAAACAUUGUAUAGACAUCUUAGAAUUACUGCACCAGUUUUGGGAAGUAAGAAUUGCAUCCAUAACAUGGCAUCACCCAUUUACAACCCGAUUAUACCAUGUGUACACCCGAUCCCUGGCGGUGUGUAUCCUGGCCGCAUGAUUAGAGUACAGGGGAACAUUCCACCUGGCGCUCAGAGGUUUGCUAUCAACUUGCAAUGUGGCCCAAACACCGACCCUCGCGAUGACAUAGCGAUGCAUCUCAACUUUAGAUUCGUUGAGAUGUGUGUGGUACGCAACCACCUUACCGCUAUGGAUUGGGGUGUGGAGGAUACUGCGGGAGGUAUGCCGCUGUCGAGAGGAGAAGCGUUCGAAGCAUUGAUUUUGUGCGAGCCUCAGUCGUUCAAGGUGGCGUUAAAUGGAGUACACUUCUGCGAGUUCCUCCACCGUGUGCCGUUCCACCGUAUAUCUCAUAUAACAGUCGAUGGUGAUGUCCACAUACAGUUUAUCGGUUUCGAAGGUGCCCAGCCACCACCUCAGCAGAUGUACAUGUCUGAACCUCCAGCUUACGGGGCGUAUGGUGCUCCGCCCCCUGCCUACGGAGCCCCCGGUUAUGGCGGACCUCCACAAGGUUUCGCUCCGGGUGCUGCAAUUCCCGCUGGGUACCAAGAGGCUACGUAUAUGGCGCCGCAGCAGCAACGGCGCGGUAUGAGUACGGGCGCCGCAGUAGGUAUGGGCGUGGGCGCGCUCGCCGCCGGCGGACUCGCGGGGUACGCGCUCGGCGGCGGAUUUAGCAGUGACAGUCCAACCACGGAGAUGCAUCCCCCUGGUCAACCUUCUUAUCCAAGCCCAGGCGUCCCUCCCACCGGUCCGCAACAACCCCCCCUAAAUCAACAAGAACAUAACCUGCCACCACAACCCGGUCCUGCUCCUCAAGAAUCCGUUCCGUCCCCGCUUCAACCUGGUCCUGUUCCUCAAGAAGCCAUUCCGUCCCCUCUUCAACCCGGUCCUGUUACUCAACAAUCCAUUCCAUCCCCGCUUCAACCCGUCCCCGUCAACCAAGAACCUAACAUGUCCACUCCUCCAGCUCCACUAGAUCCAAUACAACUUGAUGAUGAUGAUGACGAUGUUUCCCAAGUGGAUAGCGAGUACAGCCAAGGCAGUGUACACGUAGUAGAGAGUUUCAGUGACGGAGACUGGUUGGAGUGAGUCUUGGUACCCACACAUCAUUAACAGUAUUAUAAUAAGUAUUAUAAUUAGUAGUUGUAUAGAUUGAGAUACGAGUAAUUUGCAUCGAGCAUCGACAAUAGUUACAUAUAAGGUAUAUCGCCUAAUAAGGCCCACUUCUUGCAUGCUUCUUGGAAUAGAUUUAAAUUAUAUACAUUAUUCCGCACUUACUGAUCUGUUGAUGCAGGACUGUGAUUAAGACGUGUUAUUUUUGGCUUUUUAGCACUCCAAUAACCGUCGGCCUUAUUAGGCAACAAUACCAUAAUAAUAUUAUUUUUAUCACGGUCUAAUAAAUUAUGCUAAUGUGCCUAAGGACCAAUUAUAAUUUGUUUCUAAUGUUGUCCCGCGGCCAAAUAACCAAUAAGAACAUAGGACUGCAAUUUAAAAGUAUAUAUUUAGGUUUUGGUUUGUACUUGAUAGCUUAAAAACUGCGGGGCAGCUUAGGCGCCACUACUUUACUAUAAAUAUCUUACAAGUUAUUUUAGUACAGUCGCGUUACUACAAAAGGCCUUAUAUACUUCAAAAUUGAUUGCAAUUAGCUAAUUAUGCAUGAACUUUCUAUUGCACCUAUAUGUGCCGUCAAAAAAUACAAAAUUUAAUUUGAAGGAAUCUAUUAAAUGUUUCAUCAUUAUGUAUAGAGUUAAAAACCGAAAUUUGAUAAAUUGUUGUUUUGACUAUUUUGACUCCUAAGGUUGCCGACCCCUGGUCUAAUGUGCAAGGUGGAAUUUUGAAUCAUAUUUUUGUUUGUUCAGAUGUUCCGCAUUCAUGAGACGCGUCGAUAUAUAUGAAAACCUUAGUCUUUGAAUUUUCUAUUUAUAUUAUUUGACUUCUAUCACUCGUGUCCCAAUCUAUAUUAGUUAAACCAAAAGUAAUUUAGUUUUAAAAUAAAAAAUAUAUUGAAAGCUCAUUAAAACUUAUU